AUGCAUGUGCUAUCAAGAUUGACAAAAUCCAAGAAUUGGGUAAAUGGAUAAUAAAGUUUAAAUCUUUUAGUAACUAUUUUGAAUAGAGGAAUAUCAAAAUUAAUAUAAUUUGGAAAGAGCAAAGAUUUAAAGUACUUUAAAAAUUUGACUUAGAAAUUAUCUAAUUAUAUCACUGCUAAAUUGAGUUUAUAAGAUCAAGGAAAGGUAAGUUUAGUUUUCUAAACUGCUUACUAGCAAUAGGAUUAAGAGUGAUAAGAACAAUUAAAUAAGUUCCUAACAAGGAAUAUUGAAUCUUGAUAUCAAGCCAUAGAACAUAAUGAUACCACGACGGUAAAUAAUGGACUCAGUAAAAUAAAUUCUUAUACCUAGGAAUGUUUAAUUGAUCAAUUUGGCUUAUCUGAAAUGAAAAUUUGUGAGAAGGAUCCUUAUUGGCUCAUUAAGAUUUGCUGUUCAGCAAUCUCAUAACAAGGAAUAGCUAGGUUAAAAUGAUGAUCUUGGAAGUCUACUUUAUGCUUUAGCAUACUUGAAAAUUAAUUUAAAUAAAACCCGUAGAAAAUUACAUUGGCAAAAGAUCUAAUAAAAAGUUUUUAAUUAAUGGAUAUUAAAAGGACUGGAAUUAUAAAAGAUCAAGUUUAUGAAAUAGCUAUGGUUUCCUAAUAGUUUCUUCCUAAUUUUAUAGCUUUUAAUUAUAGAUCAAUACCUUAACACCUUCUUUAAUGCCAGAUUAUAAUUACAUAGAGGAAUAGUUCAAAUAUAAAUGAAUAUAAUUAAUUAAAUUUCAAUAUCAAGUCCCAAAACCUUCUGGUUAAUUUUCAAAAAUGCUAUGAGUUAGAAGAUUAAAAAUACAUCAAAAGAAGAGAAGCUGUCUCUAGUAUUAGUUGGUGAUGCAAGAGCCAUAAUAAUUUCAGAUUUAAUUAAAGCUUACACAACCAUAGGAAUGAAAUUCAUUAAAAAAAAAAAGACAUUCAUUCUAGGAUAAGCAAAUCUACUGGAUAGUAUUGAUAAAACUAAUCUUACAAUUUUAUUAAUAGUACUAAAAUGA